CCCGCCCGCCCGGCCGAAGAUGAAGGAGAUGAAGCAGAGGAGGAAGAAGGAGCGCACGUGGGCCGAGGCCGCCCGCCUGGUGCUGGAAAAUUACUCUGAUGGGCCUAUGACCCCAAAACAGAUCCUGCGGGUCAUAGAAACAGAAGGCCUAAAGGAAAUGAGAAGUGGCACAUCCCCCCUGGCUUGCCUGAAUGCCAUGCUCCACUCCAAUUCAAGGAGCUGUGAUGGGCUCUUUUACAAACUCCCCGGUCGCAUCAGCCUUUUCACCCUCAAGAAGGAUGCCGUCCAGUGGUCUCGGAACCUGGCUGCCCCUGAAGGAGAAGAGUUGGAUGAUACUGCUGAUGCUGAAAGCAGCGGCUCAAACGAAGCUGCCAGCACUGUGAGCGGCGAUAAUGAUAUAUCUCUAGACGAAACCUCUUCAAAUGCCUCCUGUUCCACUGAGCCUCCGAGCAAGAGUGUGCCCGCCGUCCGGGAGAGUCACAGAGCAGCCUCCCAGGCAAGCAAACAGAAGAAGAAGACAGGCGUGAUGCUUCCCCGUGUUGUGCUGACUCCUCUGAAGGUCAAUGGCGCUCACAUGGAAAGUUCGUCAGGGUUCACCGGGAGACAAGCUGGUGGCGAGAGCAGCGGCGGCGGUUCCUCGGCCCUCUGCAGCACCCCGGUACGCGGCAGGACGGACAUCUCCAGAGACCCUCCGCAGCUGCUCCGAGGAUUCCGUAAACCCUCAGGCGGACAAAUGAAGAGGAACAGGGGAGACGAUAUAGACUUUGAGACGCCUGGCUCCAUUCUCGUCAACACAAACUUGCGAGCACUGAUAAACUCCAGGACUUUCAAUGCGCUGCCCUUGCACUUCCAGCAGCAGCUCCUGCUUCUCCUCCCUGAAGUGGACAGGCAGGCUGGGACAGAUGGGCUGAUGCGGCUUAGCGGGAGCGCACUGAAUAAUGAGUUCUUCACUCAUGCUGCUCAGAGCUGGAGGGAGAGGCUGGCUGACGGGGAGUUCACGCACGAAAUGCAGGUUCGGAUAAGGCAGGAAAUGGAAAAGGAGAAGAAAACAGAGCAGUGGAAGGAGCGGUUCUUUGAGGACUAUUACGGGCAGAAGCUUGGCUUGACCAGGGAGGAGCCCCAGCCGCAGAACUUGGUGCUGGGUGACACGGAAAGCAAGGCGGCCCUGACUGCCCACAAAGAGCCCGCCCAGGUGCAGCUUGGCCCAGUCACCAGGCAGCGCGACGGGCACCUCAAGAAGCAUUCCCUGCGGUGCAGGACCCGGAGGAGCCUCUAUAAGUUGCGGGAGUCCGAGCCAGCGGAAGCUGCCAGGGAGGCGUUGUCUGCAGAGGCAGAUUCCAGUGGCUGUGGGGACACGAAGCCGGAGGCGGACUUGAGCAAGGGGGGCCAGGCGUCCCUGGCGGCCGAGACGCCACCGGAGGCAGCCAGGAACCUGAGCAAGGCGGGCGAGGUGCUCUCCCUGGCCACGGCCGCGGCCAGAAUUCCCAGCUUGUCCCAGGAGCCGCAGGGCCAGGAGUCCAAGGAGCAGAAGCGAAAGUGCUUUGAGCAAGCGGCCUCCGCCUCCUUCCCCGAGAAGAAGCCCCGGCUUGAAGAUCGUCAGUCCUUUCGUAACACAAUUGAAAGUGUUCACCCAGAAAAGCCACAGCCCACCAAAGAGGAACCCAAAGUCCCACCCAUCCGGAUUCAGCUUUCCCGCAUCAAACCCCCCUGGGUGGUUAAAGGUCAGCCAGCCUACCAGAUAUGUCCUCGGAUUAUCCCCCGCGCAGAGCCCUCCCGCCAGGACGGAGCUGAGGCCGCAGCCCCUGCUGACUUUGAGGCCCGUGCUCUGCAAGGCCGGGUCCAGCGAGAGGCUGCUGCUCCUGCCGCCCCCAUUGGAGGCGGGGGCGGGCCGGGAGGAGGCGGACGGUGCACAGACAAAGGCGGCGGCGGCGGCGGCAGGAUCCAGCAGCCCGGCAGCCGCCCCAAGUGCUGGCGAUCGAAGAGAACUCGCGGCAAGUGCGUGCCUCGUGUACAGCGAGCACAGCUACUGCCGCCUCCCCACCUAGGAGAGGAGGCGGGCCUCAAAGCGCCGGCCAGAGCGGGCCUGCCCGCCUGUGCGAGGGGGGCCGAGGGCGGGGCUGCCUGCGAGCGGGCACCCGGCCGUGUGCCCGCGGCAGCCGGAGGGGCCGCCCAGCUUGCGGAGUCCUGGGGGGGCAGCUGCCCGGGUGGCGCGAGGGCCACGCCGCCCCUGGACGGCACUGCCGCGGGGACGCCGGCGGGCGAUGCCAGCCACCUCCCGGCUGACCUCAGUCAGGGACUGUCCCCCUGGGCCGCCUCCCGGGGGGACCACGAUCAGGAGGCAGCAAGGGAGCCCCCCUCUCGCGGCCCGCCUAUCCGGGCCUUGCUGGAGCGGUCCCCAGUGGCCCUGCUUGGCGGCACAGGUAGUGCAGAGAUGUGUGACGGCGUCCUCCUCAAUGGCGGUGGCGCGGCCGGGCAGGGCACCUCCGGCGGCGCCCGCUGCAGCCCUGAGCCACUGCGGGAGAGUGGCGGGGGCGACCCGCUGGCUGGCUCCGGCCCCGGCUCCGCGCAGCACAGUAGAACGGUUGGGAUGGACGGGUCCGCCCCGCUGUCGCAUGCGGCUCCACAGCAGCUGGCGGAGCACCGGCAGGGGAAAACCGCGCCCAGUGAGCUGUACGGCAGUCGCGAGGACGCAGCUGCGCCGCCAAAGCCGGCUCCGCUGUCCGACGGCCCCGGUGCCUCGUGUGGCAGAUUCGCCCCCCACCGCCUCCCCCCGUGGGAAGUGGUGCUGCGGAUAAGAACAGAGACGGCCAGCCCGCUGGCAGAGGAGCGGCCCAGCUCUGGGCCCGGCCCCUUCAGUGAUGAGGAAACCCGGAGCGUGCUUAGUGAGACAACGGAGACGGCAUCUGACUUAGAAGCUGAGUCCACGGACGAGAAUGUGGAGCUGGCCCAGGAGAACCACAGAGCCGCAAAGAAAGGGGCUGCUCCUCCCAGGGGCUCCGUGGCGCAGUAUAAUGGGAUCAAGUCGGAGAGUCCUGGAAACGCUGGCGCGCUCGCCUUCUGGAAGGACUUGCCUUCAGAGGCAGGGGACGCCGGCCUCUGUCAGCCCCAACGGCAGGGACCCCAGACCACCUGUGAGCCUGCUCUCCCCGCCGAGCCAGGAAGCCCGGAAAGGCCCGUGCCGAGCGCCCCCAAGCCCUUGUCUGUAGAAGCAAGCAGCCCUCUCGUGAUGCAGCUGCUCAAGGGGAACCUGCCUCUGGAAGCAGCUCUUCCAGGGUCUCUCGGCAGCACCAAGGCGGCGACUGGAGCCUCCCUGCCUGACUGGCCCUCUGCCCAGGGCCCUUUGCCAGCGGGGAGCAAGGGCGGUGGCCUCUUGCCAAAGGCCCCCCACGAGGCGAUGGGGGUGUGUGGCCCAGUCAGGAACGGGUACCACGUGCCGCAGUCUUUGAGGGACUCUUCCCAGAGGCAGCGCACCGCUGACCCAGCCCUCCUGCCUGUGGAGGGGCUGGAGAAAGGGCCGGAAUGUCCUGAGAGUGGUCCCACGCCCAGCGCUCUGGAUCAAGCAGCGAGUGCGUCCCAGAAGCCAGAUGCGCCUGGCUGGAGAGCAGGAGCGGCCCCUUCCUGCGGUCGCCACGACCAGAAGGAGCCUUCUCCUGUGGCUGCUGCGGAACCCAUCACCCCCGAGGGCCCGGACAAGAAGCCCGGCGCGCUCACAGGGCGCACGGUGUCUGCCGGCCCGAGCCCGCUGGGUGGAGAGCCCGUUCCUAAGAGCCACGGGGCGUGCGGGAAAAAGGUCUUUGGCUCUGGUUUCACUGCUCGUGCACAGCGCGCCGGUGCCCUGGAGCCCUUCCCCAUCGUGGGCAUGCUGUCGCACAGCAGGCCAGCAGCCCCGCCCCCCCGGAGCGCCCCGCCUGGCGCCUGCGUGCCGCCUGCCAGGGAAGAGUGGCCCCCGAAGCAGCGCGGCCUGGCCGGGGGCGGCACCGGAGCCGAGAGCAAGCCUCUCCUGGCUGCUGCAAGCCCAGCCAAGAGGCGCGUGGAGAAGGGGACGGAUGCCUCGCCCAGUCCCGCCGAGCUGGUGGGGCACCUGCCCAGCGUCCCCCUGGUGAGGGACUUCCCCUUCUUCAAGCUGCCACGGGAGCCCGGAAGGGGGUUCGCCCAGCCGCUGGAGCCGUCCUCCAUCCCGUCGCAGCUCAACAUCAAGCAGGCCUUCUAUGGGAAGCUGUCGAAGCUGCAGCUGAAUUCGGCCGGCCUGAACUACUCCUCCAGCACGCCCGUGUUCCCCCGAAGCCUUGCGGGAAGCAUGAUGCCGCUGGGCCACAAGGUGAACUUCGCCGCGUCCCGUGGCGUCUCUCUCUCCGCACAGAUGUUUGCCGACGGCAGCAGCAUGGAGGAGAUCUCUCUGCAGUGCUCCUGCAGCCUGAAAGCCAUGAUCAUGUGCAAGGGCUGCGGGGCGUUCUGCCACGACGACUGCAUCGGCCCCUCCAAGCUCUGCGUGCUGUGCCUUGUGGUGAGAUGAUGAGCUACUGCCCCGAGGGGACGAGCUGUAAAUUUAGUGUGUCUGUUUGGAGAACGAGGAUCCUGGAACCUGUACACAAAAUAUAAUUCCGGUCAUAAUAGAGGCAGUGUUAACACAGUAUGUUUUGGUUUUCCUGCUAGAGUUGGCAAUUGGUCACAGGGGCGGUCCGGUUUCGGAGCGUUUGUCCCUUGUAGGAACUGCUGCACAUUUGGCCUGCUUCAAUGCCCCCCCAGGCACCGGGGGUUGUGCCCCAUCAUCCCCUGCGGGGAGGGGACGCCUCCUUGGGAAUGGGAGCAAGCCCCAUCGUCUUGCAGGGCAGAGCGGCAGAUGUCCCACUGGUUCGAGUGGAGCAGAGCUCUGUCCCCCGCUCUCCCUUCCGUCGCCCCUCCCGGACUUGUGGGAGGGGAAUGCCGCUUUUGGGGCCCUCCGUGCGGGGGGAGAGCAGGACACGCGUGGUUGUGGGCUGCAGAGCAGGCUUGCAGGAGGUGGGCGGCCGCGUCUCAGCCGCCUGGCUCUGCAGCCGGGAGGGGGAGCCAGCAGCAGCAGCCGGGGGGUCGGGGCCGUCCGUCCGUCCGGCCGUGCGACGGGCUGGGCUGCACGCAGCUGCCUGCUUUCUGAGCAGUGUCAUUUUUAAAAAAACUAUAUAUAGAGAUAUAUAUAAUUUUAAACUCUUUGUUCCUGGGUGUAAAAAGUGAAAUGGUUGGCUCCUAUACGUACCCUCUAUGCAUCUGUUCGAUCAUGUAUUUAUAUGUUGUACACAGUACUGGCCAAUUCUGUAAAUUGAUGUUAUGUACAUAAAGGAUUUUUUUUUAAUUCCUUUAUUUUUCAGGCUGCAGCAGUAUUGCAUUAAAGUGGUGUUGAUAACGAAUUGCUAUCCAUAGUCAAAGCUGGUGUCUUCGGUCCUGCCCUGGGCGGGACUGGCCGCACCUCGCAGCUGCGACUGCCCGUUGUCCUGCCCAGGUGGGCUCGCUGCCUCGAGGGGAAGGGGCCCGUGCUCCGAAGGGGGGCCUUGCCCAGCUGCUCAGGCGUCGGCGCUUCGGAUUUUGUCUUGCCCCCAUCCCUGUCACUCUUCGCAGCAAUCACCUGGAUUCUAGUCCUACCUGGUGUGAGCAGGCAAGCCAGUGUUACACCUUUGGAAAGUGCCCAUUCGCAGUUGGUUUUCCUAGCAAGAGUGGGGGAACCAGAAUUUCCAUUUUUAUUCCAGUGAGUGAACAGUGAAGGUCUGUUAGCUUCCUCUCGCCCUUUCUUUCGCUCUUACCUACCUCUUUCCCUGAGCAGGCACCUCUCUUUCAUUGUAGGCCUCCUCACUCGAGAGCUGUUUUGGGCUUCCCCUCCAAAGCAGUUUACUCUUAAUCAGUGGCAGCUUUUAGCAGGAAACGUGGGAGAGUAGGGUGAAGUGAAUUGCGGUAUUAAAGGCAACUGAGCUGAUGGUCUGAAACCUGCUUACCAAAGAUGGGGGGCGCAGCCGGGCCCCCUUGCUCUGCAUCCUCCAGGGCCACUAUUGUGUACAGACUGAUGCCGGUCUGGUUGGGAGGGGGGUGGGGAGUCCUCUCUGAUGACCCCUGAUGUUGUAUGUCCCUUGUGGUAUUGGAAAAAAAUAAAACAUUUUGAAAAGCUGUA